AUGACCUUGGUCCUCACUCCUCAGUCGGCCUCCGUCCCCUAAGGAGUUUCGUGCUUGAAGGAAUAGUUGAACAAAUAUCUACUAUUAGAAUGGCUCUCCUUCACUUAAUUUUAGCCAUGUUAUUCAGUGAAUGUCUCGGUGUCACUUACGUGGAUUUAAGUCACAGCCUGCACAACGAUACUAUGCACUGGCCAACAGCAAUGCCGGUAACUGUUCAAGUGGUUGCCAAAGGGGAAACAACCAAAGGAUAUUGGUAUGAGUCGAACAACAUUUGUUUGGCCGAGCACGCUGGAACCCACCUUGAUGCACCGGCACACUUUUUUAAGGAAAGGUGGCACGCCGACGACAUUCCUCUGUCGCGUUUGAUGGGCCCAGGUGUUGUGCUGGACAUCCAGGAGAAGGCGAAGAAGAAUCCAUUGGCUGAGUUGGCCGUGGACGAUAUUACCAGCUGGACGGAGGCGAACGGACCUCUCCCAGAUGGCGCGGUGGUCUUCGUCCUGACCGGCUGGGGUAGCAGGUACGGGGACAAACUGGCGUACUUUGGGUCCAAUAACAGUGACGGCUCCAAUUUAAAAUUUCCAGGAAUCAGCCUCGACGCAGCCAAGUACCUGACUGCGCUCAAGGGCGACUCAGGGCUGGGGGUCGUGGGGGUCGGCCUCGACACUCCGUCCCUCGACAACGGCGCCUCGACGACUUUCCCGACGCAUGUGGAAUUAUUCGAACACAAUAUCUAUGGCUUGGAGAAUGUGGCCAACCUGGAGAGGCUUCCAGCCAAGGGAUUCCACGUAACGGUGAUGCCCAUGAAGAUUCGCGAGGGAAGCGGCGGCCCUGCCAGGAUCUUCGCGAGCAUCCCAGACGCUGACGACGUCGUCUCCGCUCACUUCAGCGGUCGCUCCGGCGCAGUCAAGUACCUGGCGCCCAUCCUGCUCGUCCUCAUCGCCGUGGUGCUUAUUAUAACCGUGUGACUUUUCUGUCUACUCGAGUGAAUGAAAUCAUGCGCUUCUGUUACAAAUUAGAAUAAAUUUAUGUAUUUUUCCAG